GGAGUUCUAAGUUAAGUUUUGGCCUGCAGUGAUACAUGUUGUAACAGCUGCAGUAAUUUCAAUUUUAUGCAAAAUGUUUAAAAUUAGUUCAAUUCUCACCCACUGCGUUAGGAGCAGGGGAAGAAGUGUUUUUAUUUCUGCCGUUAAUUCCUCACAUUACGAUGUUCUCGGGGUAAAACAAGACGCAACCACUGAGCAAAUAAAAGCUUCGUUUAUUGAAAAAUCGAAAAACUUUCAUCCAGACUCAGGGUCUUACACCGAGAAGGAUGGUCACAUGAAAUUUGUUGAAUUAAACGAAGCUUAUUCUGUUCUUAUGAAAGAAAACUCAAGGAAGAUCUAUGAUGUGAGCUUGAAUGGGGGUGGGUCCAUAUAUGACGGUGGCGAUUCACCUAAGAGUCAGGGGAUGUCAAGUGAAUUAUAUUUCAUGGUUGGAGCUAUACUCGCCAUAGCUGCUACUUUCGUUAUGUUAGAAGUCGCUUCCAUUGAGGAUGAAAAAGAUUUGGAAGAAUUAGAAAAACAACGGACUAUGUGGUUGAAAGCUCGACAAGGAAAGAAAUCGGAUUGAUUUGUUUGAAACUAAAUUUGGUUUAAUUCAAUUUAUUGCAUCUUCAUGCUGUUGUUUAUUCUGUGGCGUUUUCAUUUUGGGGUUUUUUGUUUUUAUUAAGACUGAUAUGUGAUAAAAUUAAAUCUUUUUUACGGUGCGAAAAAUAGUCUUUUAAUAAUGGUGCAGAAGUUGUUGCAAAAUCUUGCAACUAAAUCUGUUUUACUUUUUUUCAAAAAAGCACUUAUGCCUACUAUUAGAAUAUUAUUUUUCCAAAGUUAGUUUACGCCAUUACCACCUUUCAUAAAUAUAAUAUUGCUUGUUUGUCAAAUUCAAACUUCUGUGACAUGACCUUUUUCCUGCUAUGUAUUUUAAUUUAAUUAUACAUGCACUAGGCACAAUAAGCAACUAAAACAAAUACCUGAAAGAUUUGAUCAUUUAUUAUUAGUUUAAUGUGAAAAGACUUAGUAAUAUGUUUUUGACAAACAUGUUAAUUUUAAUUAAAAAUAUUUUAUAGGCUCAUUUGGUAUAAAAAAUGUAGUGUAUUUCUGACAUUUCCUUAAUGAAGUCUUGCCAAAUGGCAGACAAAAAAACGUUGCAAAUACACUAGGUUUUUGAUACCAGGUGAACUGCUACAAGAUUUUUUCAAGUGUUCUGUUUUUAUUGCCAUUCGAGUUGUUAAUAUAUAAUGAGUGUGCAGAGUGUAAAUGGUAGGGAAUGUUUAGAGCAACAUUAAGGUUAACCUAUGUAACAAAA